UAAUAAUAACAAAAAAAGCAAUUGGAUCGAUUGGACUGUAUAGUAGGUUAACUGAAGGCGUGCUUUCCUAUCUAGUUAAAUACGCCUUAAACCCAGAGAGUAAGAGGUGGAGGCUUUGGGGGUAUCCCAUGUAAAAAUUUUGCUGGUCCCUCCUACCUUCUCCGGUAUGUACGUUCUGAGGCUUUUCCUCCCCUGAAGCAAGCGACUGAAGACUCACGCAUGCUCACUGUUAUAAUGUGGGGAAAGCAAAUUGAGAUUCCAGUUGCUUGCAAGUCGUGUCCAUGUGGCUACGUGUUUAUUAGCCGAAAACUUCUAAAUGCAAAACUAUCCGAGAGAUCGUCAUCUGGAAUAGACAAACUGGAUCCUAAGCGGAGGAGAACGGAGAGGAUUCGGAGGGACAGGAUUAAUUCCACUUCACCUAAUGACAUGGAGAAUAGGAGGCAGUCCCGUUCAAACAGUCAAUCAGAGCAGAUCCGCAGAGGGAGGGGUCGGCCCAAGACCACAACGCUCAAAAAGCAGGAGGAGGAGAAAGAGAAGCAAGACAAAGAGAUUGACAUUUAUGCCAACCUCUCGGACGAAAAGGCCUUUGUGUUUUCAGUGGCUUUGGCUGAGAUCAACAGAAAGAUCCUAGGUCAGAGGCUGAUUUUGUGACCAGAAUGCUUACAAGGGGACUUUGAGGCAGGAAAAUCAGGACCAGUGCUACAGAGUCAUGACUGGCAGCAGUAUACCUGACAGACCGGACCCAGGAAGUGCUUUAGACCAACUGAAGGACACCCUCCAAAGGUCAGGUUCGACUCACCGACUUUACCAGGGUACAGUGGUUCCAUGGAUACAUGUUGUGCAUGUCCGAACAGCUGUCUUAAAGAACUUUCCUAAUUAAUGUAAACGGAAAGUGUGAGAAACUUAAAUAUUAAUGUAUUUUCCUAUUGUAUAGCCUAUAUCAUGAAUUCUUCAUUAUGCCAAACGAAAAAAUGAGCUGUCGAAUGGAACAAAAACUAUUUUUAAAAAUCGUUAUUUCUGUUCGCAUGGUGUCAUUGGACAAAGAAAUCAGUCUAAACAGUUAGAAUUAUGGGUCAGACAUCUGAAGUUUACUCAUCUGCAAUAUUGUCUUUACAUGUCUUUAAAUGUAGAUGAUAAACUAAACUAUGGUGUUUGGUUAAUGACUUUGAAUUCUGUUUUAAAUGUAGGGACUAUUUCUUGGCAGUUAAUAUUUAUUAUGCCUGUACAUUCUUAAUUUAAUUGCAUAUUUUAUUCUGUUUUAACAAAUGAUAUACAUUUAAUUUUGUAAAAUAUUUUUUUCUGUACUUCAAUAAACUGAACUUCAAAGGAAAAGAGGGAUUUUUAAAAAUAAA